AUGAGAGUGUCAGGUCUGCCUCGCCUCCUGACCCUCGUCUUCGCCCUGGUCAUCACAUGGAUCUGUACUCGCAGCUUCAACUUCAACGUGAAAACCAUCCGUCUGCCACGCUGGCUCGCAGACUCCACCACCAAGGAGAUCCGGGUCGUGAAGACCAAGUGUGGCCUCAGCAAGUCCUGCCCAGCCAACUUCUUUGCGUUUAAAAUCUGCAGUGGGGCCGCCAACGUCGUGGGCCCCUCCAUAUGCUUUGAGAACCACAUGAUCAUGAGUCCUGUGAAAAACAAUGUGGGCAGAGGCCUGAACAUCGCCCUGGUGAACGGAACCACGGGGACGCUGCUGACACAGGCCAUUUUCGACAUGUACUCCGGAGAUGUGAAGUUCCUGGUGAAAUUUCUUACGGAAAUUCCAGAGGGCACCCUGGUGCUGGUGGCUUCCUAUGAUGACCCGGGGACCAAAAUGACUAAAGAAAUCAGGAGCCUCUUCACCCACCUGGGGAGCUCCUAUGCAAAGCAGCUGGGCUUCCGGGACAGCUGGGUCUUCUUAGGGGCCAGAGACCUCAAGAAUAAAAGCCCAUUUGAGCAGUUCUUAAAGAACAGCCCAGACACGAACAAAUACGAGGGAUGGCCAGAGCUGCUAGAGCUGGAGGGCUGCGUGCCCAGGAAGAUGUUUUAG